UGAGCUGAGCCCACCUCCUCACCUGAAAAAAUGGCAGCGUUCAAGAAGUUAAAACUGCUUCUGUGGAAGAAUUUCAUCUUAAAGAAGAGGAAGACCCUGGUCUCAAUCCUUGAAAUCUUGAUGCCGUUUCUGUUCUCUGGAAUCAUACUGUAUGUUCGUUGCAACAGUGUCGCAAGAAAAAGGCCUCCGUCUAACUACAGUGCCUUUGAUAUCAGCGUGCUGCCAGAAUUCUUCUACAGUUACCCUCAGAAAGGUGUACUUCAGCUGGCCUACAUCCCUUCCCAGAGUGAGACGCUGAGGACAAUCACCGAGAGGGUGAGGCAGUCCUUCGAUGUGGACUUGGAAGUUCUAGGUUUCUCUUCGGUGCCUGUGUUUGAAAAUUUCAUAAUUAAGGAACAAAAGGCUUUCUACAUUUUGACAGGAAUCGUUUUUGACCAUAGAUUCAUUAACAGCAGCGAACCUUUGCCACUUGUGGUGAAGUACACCUUGCGCUUCAGUUACAUCCAGAGGAAUUUGUUACCAGUCAAGAAUUUGUUUGUUUUGCGUGAUAACCCUGAAGGCUGGUGUACAUCCUUCCUUUAUCCUCCAAACCCACGCCAAGAACCAAGGGCAUUCACGCAGGAAGAUGGAGGAAACCCUGGAUACAACAGAGAAGGCUUCCUGGCCAUACAGCAUGCCGUGGAUAAAGCCAUCAUGUGGCACCAUGCCCAGACCGCGGCAGUCAGCCUGUUGGACAGCCUCAGCGUGCUCCUGAAGAGAUUCCCUUACGGACCCUUUAUCCAAGACAAGUUCUUCCUGGUUCUCCAGAAUGAUUUCCCGCUGCUCCUCAUGCUCAGCUUCAUCUGUUUCGAGCUCAUUAUCAUCAAUUCCAUUUCACUGGAGAAAGAGAGAAAACUGAAGGAGUAUAUGUGCAUGAUGGGACUGGACAACUGGCUGCACUGGGUUGCUUGGUUCAUCUUGUUCUUCGUUUCCGUCUCCGUUGCAGUUCUUGUCAUGACCAUUCUGUUCUGUGUAGAGGUGAAUGGUGUCGCAGUGUUCAGGAAUAGUGAACCCACUUUGAUAUUCAUUUUUCUAAUGUGUUUUGCCACUGCUACAAUUUUCUUUGCAUUCAUGAUCAGCACGUUCUUCCAACGAGCCCAUGUUGGAACUGCUGUGGGAGGCAUCGUCUUCUUCCUCACCUACCUGCCGUACCUGUACCUCGGCUUCAACUACUUGCAGCGGAGUCCUCUCCAGAAGAUCCUCCUGUGCCUCUUCUCCAAUGUAGCCAUGGCGGUGGGAGUCCGACUCAUCGCUACCUUGGAGGCAGAAGGUGCAGGUUUGCAGUGGGAGAGCGUGGGCAGUGUCCGUGCAGAGUUUACCUUCAGCCACGUGCUGCUGAUGCUCCUGCUGGACUCUGUCCUCUACUGCUUGGUGGCCUGGUAUGUGGAGGCCGUCUUCCCCGGGAAGUUCGGUACACCUAAGCCGUGGUACUUCUUUCUCAAGCCCUCCUACUGGACUGGGAAGCCUGCACCUGCUACCCAGACACUGCUGCCUGUGGAGCUUCCUGGAAAGUCUCCGACAUACAGGUUCUUUCAAGAAGAGCCCAGCAACCUGAUGAAGGGGAUCGAGAUCCAACAUCUGUACAAGGCUGCAGGGAUCAAGGGAAAGGCCCCUGUGAUGGCCCCCAGACAGCUGCGUGCUCGGAUUCCCACUGAGGAGCCUGGGCGGGAGGUUGAUUUUGGCGCACAGCCCCGCAGGGCCUCUGUGAAAUGCCGCCUGGUGUACGUGUCUUGUUUCAACUUCUCCAAGGUGUUUCACAAAGGAAGGGACGAGCACGUAGCAGUCAAAGGGCUCACGAUGAAUCUCUACAGAGGGCAGAUCACGGUGCUGCUGGGACACAACGGAGCGGGGAAGACCAUCACCUGCUGGAUGCUCACAGGUCUUACUCCCUGUUCCAGUGGACGGGCGUAUAUCAAUGGAUACGAAAUUUCAAGAGACAUAGCUCAGAUCAGGAGGAGUCUGGGCUGGUGCCCCCAACAUGACAUCCUGUUUGACAACCUCACAGUGGAGGAGCAUCUCUUUUUUUAUGCUCAGCUGAAAGGCUUGUCGCGCCACAAGUGCCCCGAGGAGGUCAAGCAGAUACUGCAUGUGCUCGGCCUGGAGGACAAGCGCCACACCCGGUGCAAGCUGCUGAGUGGGGGCAUGAAGCGCAAGCUGUCCAUCGGCAUCGCCCUCAUUGCGGGCUCCAAGGUGCUGAUUCUGGACGAGCCCACCUCGGGCAUGGACGCCAUCUCCAGGAGGGCUGUCUGGGACCUGCUGCAGCAGCAGAAAAGUGACCGCACCAUCCUGCUGACCACCCACUACAUGGAUGAGGCUGACCUGCUAGGGGACCGCAUUGCCAUCAUGGCCCAGGGGAAACUGCAGUGCUGUGGGUCCCCGCUGUUCCUCAAGCAGAAAUAUGGUUCAGGAUAUUAUAUCACUUUACUGAAGACACCACAGUGUAACACGGAGGCACUUUCUCACCUGAUUUAUCAUCAUAUACCCAAUGCUGUGUUAGAGUCCAGUGCUGGUGAAGAAAUAAUAUUCAUACUCCCGAAAGAGAGUAUGCACAGGUUCGAAUCUUUGUUCAACAGCUUGGAGCUACGGCAGACAGAGCUGGGCAUCGCCAGCUUCGGGGCCUCGGUCACCACCAUGGAGGAGGUGUUCAUUCGGGUGUGUACUUUGGCAGAUUCCACUAUAAAUGCCCUGAGCAGCAAGCGUUCGUCUCUCCGUCCUCACCCCAUGACGAGCAGAGUUCCUGUUGACAGAAUUAAACAGAUCCAUUCCAGGAUCUACUCAAUCCACCCUGGCCUCCCAGUGAGACUAAACACCGGGUUCUUUCUUCUCUGCCAGCAAUUCUAUGCCAUGUUCCUGAAGAAAGCGCUGUAUUCUUGGCGCAACUGGAUGCUGAUUUUGUCGAUCCAGAUCCUGGUGCCGCUGGUGAUCAUUAUGUUAAGUCUCUUCUUCUUCAAUCUGAGAGUGAUGAAUGCGGCCAGCGUCCCCCUGGAGCUCAGCCUGAAAACGUACGGUCAGACCGUGGUCCCAUUCUCUGUUCCUCAGAAUUCCAGGUUGGAUCCUCAGCUUUCAGAGCGCUUUGCAAGCAUGCUUGUGGCUGAGGGGCAGAUCCCUCUGGAAGUCCCAGGUUCUAUAGAGACAUUCCUAUUGAAAAAGGCCAAAGAGAAACCUGAGGAUUUUAAUAAGUUCUACCUCGUGGCAGCCUCCUUCAGGGACGAGGGCAAUCACACCACCGUGACCGCACUGUUCAACAACCAGGCGUACCAUUCCCCUGCUCUGGCCAUGACUAUGGUGGACAACUUCCUCUUCAAGCUGCUCUCCGGUGCCGGGGCUUCCAUACGCACGUCCAACUACCCACAGCCUCAGUCGGAGAUGGAGAUAUCCGAGAAUGUCCUAUACCAGGGCCCUAAAGGGCAUUACCUCGUGGUCAACUUGCUCUUUGGAGUCGCUUUUCUGUCCAGCUCCUUUUCCAUCUUGAUUGUGCGGGAGAGACGGAUCAAAGCCAAGCACAUCCAGUUUGUCAGUGGCAUUUACUUGGUAGCUUACUGGCUCUCUGCCCUGCUCUGGGACCUCAUCUCCUUCCUUGUCCCCACACUGCUGAUGGUGGUGGUGUUUUUAUACUACAAAGAAGACGUGUUCACACGCUAUGAGAACAUCACUGCCCUGGUCUCCAUGUUGCUCCUGUACGGAUGGGCCACAGUGCCCUUCAUAUACAUUGUCAGCUUCUCCUUUGAAAGCGCCAGCCACGCCUGCAUGAAGCUGGUCAUCAUGCUCACCUUCCUGAGCAUCGGGCCCAUCCUGCUCGUCAGAGUCACAGCAGAACAGGAGCUCGGUUACGAAGCAUUCUCUGAGUCCUUGGACCAUGCGUUCCUGGUAUUCCCCGGCCACUGUCUGGGCAUGGCUUUCUGCAACUUGUACUACAACUUCGAACUGCAGCAGUUGUGCAGCAUCAAGAACCUGAGCCAGGUCGAGUGCAAUGAGGCUUCAGAGAAAUAUGUGGUCCAAAAGAACAUCUAUGCCUGGGAGCCUCUGGGGGUAGGGAAGUACCUCACAGCACUGGCCAUCUCGGGCCCCGUGUACAUCGUCCUGCUGUUCCUCAUUGAAACCAAUGUGUUCUGGACCCUGAGAGCCCGGCUAGCCCGCCUGUGCAGGAAGCAGAGUGUGGCAGAGCUGCUGGAGGUAUCAUCAUUACCUGAAGACCAAGACGUGGUCCAGGAAGCAAAACUCAUAGCGACCCAUUUGGAAAAGCUGCGCAAGAAGAACCCACUGGUUGUUAAAGAAGUGUCAAAGGUCUAUGAGAGCAAGGUGCCCCUGGUGGCAGUGAACAAGGUGUCCUUCACCAUUCAAGCAAAAGAAUGCUUUGGCCUCCUUGGCCUCAAUGGAGCUGGGAAGACUUCCAUUUUCAAGAUGCUGACUGGGGAUAAGCCCAUGACUUCUGGAGAUGCCUUUGUCCGAGGUAUCAGCAUCAGAUCUGACCUAGACAAAGUGCGGAAGUGGGUCGGCUACUGUCCCCAGUUUGAUGCUCUGCUGAACUUCAUGACAGGCCGUGAGUCCCUAGUCAUGUAUGCCCGCAUCCGGGGCGUGCCUGAGCACCAGAUCGCUGCCUGUGUGAAUCAGAUCCUGGAGGACUUAGUGUUGCACAUGGACGCCGACAAGCUGGUGAAGACCUACAGUGGGGGGAACAAGCGCAAGCUGAGCACGGCCAUUGCCCUCAUCGGAGAGCCCGCCGUCAUCUUCCUGGACGAGCCGUCCACUGGCAUGGACCCUGUGGCCCGGCGCCUGCUCUGGGACACCGUGGCCCGCGCCCGCGAAUCCGGCAAGGCCGUCAUCAUCACCUCCCACAGCAUGGAGGAAUGCGAGGCCUUGUGCACCCGGCUGGCCAUCAUGGUGCAGGGUCAGUUCAAGUGCCUGGGCAGCCCGCAGCACCUCAAGAGCAAGUUUGGCAGCGGCUACUCCCUACAGGCCAAGGUCAGGAGCAAGGGGCAGCAGGAGGCGCUGGAGGCGUUCAAGGUGUUUGUGGAGCUGACCUUCCCAGGAAGCAUCCUGGAAGAUGAGCACCAGGGGAUGGUCCAUUACCACCUGCCUGGCCAUGGCCUCGGCUGGGCGAAGGUGUUUGGCAUCCUGGAGCAAGCUAGGAACAAGUACCAGCUGGAUGACUACUCGGUCAGCCAGGUCUCCCUGGAGGACGUCUUCCUGAGCUUCACCUACCCCGUGUACUCUGCACAAGCGCAUGGCCAGCGUGCCCCCCGGCUGGUGCCCUCCAGCUGGUACCCUUCUUGGGGUGAGGAGUCUGAGUGGUAA